CUCACCGCCAGUACUCCGUAGUACGCAUUGUUUUUUUCCAGAAAUAUCCAUAUUCCAAAGCCAGAACUCUCAUCAUAAAUUACAGCCACCGUACCCCACUUUACCAGCUGCUUCUCCAAGGCUGCUGCAUCUUCAGGCAGGAGUUUGCUCCAAGCUCACCCUACCUCCGACGAACCCCUCCAAGGAAGCCUCUUACCCCGCCAUAUAUUCUGCCAACCUAUUCUUUCUUGCUACGCCGUCUCGUAUCUACGGCCUUCUCUAGACCCUACUGAGUCUUCAUCUAGACCUCGCUUGCUUGAAUCGUCUAUUGAAGGCCGAGGAGCGCAGCGUACAGUACUGUCAACUUCUGGAGCGGAAUGUCUGUUUCCAUACAAGAGUUGGACAACACAGUCCGGGCCUUCUAUGAGGGCAAGGGAGAUCUGCAAAAGCAAGCUCAGCAGACCCUGACGGAGUUCAAGCAAAAUCCGGAUGCUUGGUUAAUUGUGGGAAAUAUUCUCCAAGAAUCAACAUACCCACAGACAAAAUAUCUUGCUCUCCAGGUCCUUGACGAUGUGAUUAUGACGCGAUGGAAGGUCUUACCCAGGGAGCAAUGCCUAGGUAUUCGGAAUUUUAUUGUCAACUUCAUCAUCGAAAACUCGAAAUCGGAGGACAAGCUAAGGAGUGAGCGAGCCUUCCUUAAUAAGCUCAACCUGGUUCUCGUUUCCAUCCUGAAACAAGAGUGGCCACAUAACUGGCCAACUUUUAUCAACGAAAUCAUCUCGUCUUGCCAUACCAGCCUGUCCAUCUGCGAGAAUAACAUGGCGAUUCUUCGUCUACUAUCCGAAGAAGUGUUUGACUUUUCCCAGGAUCAAAUGACUUCGGUCAAAGCGAGAAACUUGAAGACCUCAAUGACGCAGGAGUUCUCGUCCAUUUUCCAGCUAUGUUCCGAGGUCUUGAACACGGCGAACCAGCCAAGUCUUGUCAAAGCUACGCUAGAGACUCUGCUUCGUUUCUUGAACUGGAUUCCUUUAGGAUAUAUCUUCGAAACUCCCAUCAUAAACACCCUGCUGACGCGGUUUCUGGAUGUUCCUGAGUUCAGAAAUGUCACACUCAAGUGCCUCACUGAAAUCGGCGGGUUACAAAUCGGCAACCCGUACAAUUACGAUGAAAGGCUGGUCCAUAUGUUCACAGAGACGCUGACUGCAGUUUCAAGAAUCAUCCCCUUGUCCAUGGAUUUGAAACAGACCUAUGCUAAGAGCAACUCGAGGGACCAAGAGUUCGUUCUCAACCUGGCACUGUUUCUUUCUAGCUUUUUUAGCGCUCAUCUGAAUCUGAUCGAAAAAUUGCCCAACCGUGACUACCUCACCCACGCCCAUUUCUACCUCAUUCGUAUCAGUCAAAUCGACGACAGGGAAGUCUUCAAGAUCUGCCUGGAAUAUUGGACGAGACUAGUGCAAGAACUGUACGAAGAGAUGCAGCAGCUUCCAAUCACAGAUAUCAAUCCUCUGGUGAGUAUGGGUGUUAGCGGCCUGUCGAACGGAGGUGCACCGCAUCCCAGCACGUUGGCCAACUAUCCUCUCCGGAAACACAAGUACGAGGAGGUUUUAUCAAGCCUUCGCACAGUCAUGAUUGAGAAGAUGGUGCGUCCUGAGGAAGUCUUGAUUGUUGAAAAUGACGAAGGCGAAAUUGUUCGCGAAUUCGUUAAGGAAAGUGACACCAUUCAACUUUACAAGACGAUACGCGAAUGCCUGGUCUAUCUGACUCAUCUGGAUGUCGUCGACACAGAGAAUAUCAUGAUUGAAAAGUUAGCCAAGCAGGUUGACGGGUCCGAAUGGUCCUGGGCCAAUUGUAAUACUCUCUGCUGGGCCAUUGGCUCAAUUUCCGGAGCCAUGAAUGAAGAGACCGAGAAGCGAUUCCUGGUCAACGUCAUCAAAGAUCUCCUUGGUCUUACCGAAAUGAAGCGUGGAAAGGACAACAAAGCCGUCGUGGCCAGUAAUAUCAUGUACAUUGUCGGACAGUAUCCGAGAUUCCUGAAAGCGCACUGGAAAUUCUUGAAGACCGUGGUGAACAAGCUUUUCGAGUUCAUGCAUGAGACUCAUGAAGGUGUUCAGGACAUGGCUUGCGAUACAUUCAUCAAGAUUGCGAAUAAAUGCAGGCGGCAUUUUGUUGCGCUUCAACCGGGGGAGAACGAACCAUUCAUUGAGGAAAUCGUUCGCAAUAUGAGGAAAAUUACUUGUGAUCUUUCUCCUCAGCAGGUCCACACUUUCUACGAAGCCUGUGGCUACAUGAUCUCGGCACAAGGCCAAAAGGGCCUCCAGGACCGACUGAUUGAAAAUUUGAUGUCCCUGCCUAACUCAGCCUGGGAUGCCAUCAUAGUGCAGGCAAACCAGAACCCCGCUAUACUUCAAGAUGGCGAGACGAUAAAAAUCAUCGGAAAUAUUAUGAAGACGAAUGUCGCAGCAUGUUCCUCUGUGGGCACUUACUUCUAUUCCCAGCUUGGACGGAUUUAUCAUGACAUGCUCAAUAUGUUCCGUGCCUCCAGCCAGCUUAUCAGUGACGCUGUAGCGCAUGAUGGCAAUAUUGCAACGAAGACCCCGAAAGUCCGGGGUCUAAGGACGAUCAAGAAGGAAAUACUGAAGCUCAUCGAUACCUAUGUGCAGAAAGCCGACGACCUGGAAAUGGUAAAUGCAAACAUGGUCCCUCCGCUCCUGGAGGCCGUUCUCGUCGACUACAAUCGCAAUGUCCCUGACGCGCGUGAGGCGGAGGUCUUGAACGUCAUGACGACGAUUAUUCACAAGUUACACAAUCUGAUGGAAGACAAAGUCCCCUUGAUAAUGGAGAGCGUCUUUGAAUGCACACUAGGAAUGAUCAACAAAGACUUCCAUGACUAUCCAGAGCACCGUGUCCAGUUCUUCAAGUUGAUUCAAGCUAUCAACUUGUACUGUUUCCCGGCAUUGCUCAAGCUCGAUGCUACGCAAUUCAAGUUUGUCAUCGACUCUUGCAUGUGGGCCAGCAAACACGACAAUCGUGAAGUCGAGAAUACAGGUCUCACAAUGUGCCUUGAGCUCAUGAACAACAUGGCCGACACUGAUGCUCAGACCUCAAAUAUUUUCUUCCAACAGUUUUACAUUCCUAUCUUGCAGGAUGUAUUCUUUGUCCUGACAGACAGUGAUCAUAAAGCCGGGUUCAAAUCACAGGCCAUGUUAUUGUCGCGCAUGUUCUACUUCAUUGAGUCUGGCAAAGUGCAAAACCCGAUUUAUUCUCCUGAGCAGGCACCCUUAGGGACAUCCAACAAGGAUUUCUUGCAGGAAUAUGUCGCGAAUCUCCUACAAACUGCUUUCAAGAAUCUCCAGGAAAUCCAAAUCAAACAAUUUGUUGUUGGCUUGUUUGCAUUCAAUGACGACUUUAACAAGUUCAAGACGCACCUGCGUGAUUUCUUGAUAUCACUGAAGGAGUUCUCCGGUGAUAACGCAGACUUGUAUGCGGAAGAAAGGGAGCAAGCCUUGCGGGAUGCUAAAGCCGCUGAACGAGACCGAGCAAUGAGGGUAGGUGGUCUUUUGAAGCCAUCCGAAAUGGAUCAAGAGGAUGAGCUAUGACUGGACAAGGAACUGCGUUCCGAAGUUGCGCUAUCAACUGCCGAUACCACAGCGCAUGACAAUGAUCCCAGGUCUUUAUCGGCAAGUGACUGGUUUGAUGGCUGGUCAUGUUAUGGACUCUAAGUUUGAACUAAUUGCCAUUUAACGAACAAGAAAUUAUCAGUGCGUAUUGGGUUUCUUCCAUCAUAUGGUCCUCAUGUAAAGUCAGUCUUGGUGCUUCCAGAGCGCAGCGCGAUAUUCGUCCGCUCCUUCCUUCGUGCCUUCCCUCAACAAUCAAUUUGCAGUGACAACAUAUUUGAAUCUUUCCACCCAACGGAAUAAAAAAAAGAGAGAGAAAGAAAGAAAGAAAAGAUAAGAAAAGACCAGUGGCCUGUUUAAAGGUAGCCAGGCGCUGCGGUGACAAGGUCGUAGAAAUUCCAAAAGGG